AAAAACUUACUCGCCUCUCUCUCUAUCUUUUUUUUUUUUUUGGAAACUAAAAACAUAUUCUGGAAUCCUCUCUCUCUAUCUGAACUGUCGAUCUCUGAGUUUUCCGAUCACCAUGAGUAAGGGUCCGGGACUAUUCUCCGACAUCGGAAAAUACGCGAAAGAUUUGUUGACGAGAGAUUACAGUACCGAUCAGAAAUUCAGUAUCUCCACUAACAGUAUCUCCGGCGUUGCUGUUACUUCCACUGCUUUGAAGAAUGGAGUACUACAUGCUGCUAAUAUUGCCACACAAUACAAGUACAGAAACACUUUGUUCGAUGUCAAAAUCGACGCUGAUUCGAAUAUCCUGACAACCAUCACGUUCACUGAGAUCCUCCCAUCGACAAAAGCCAUUGCCUCCUUCAAAGUGCCUGAUUACAACUCAAGCAAGCUGGAGGUCCAAUACUUCCAUGAUCACGCAACAGUUACAGCUGCUGCAGCUUUAAAAAAAAACCCUCUAAUUGAUGUAACAGCCACACUAGGUUCAACAACUAUCUCAUUUGGUGCUGAAGCUGGAUAUGACACCACAUCUCGAACUUUCACAAAGUACAACGUCGGAAUCAGUGUCACAAAGCCAGAUCAGUGUGCCUCCGUAAUAAUUGGAGAUAAAGGAGAUUCAAUCAAAGCUUCUUAUCUUUAUCACCUAGAUGAGUCGAAGAGAAGCGCAGCAGUUGGAGAGGUUUACAGGAAAAUAUCAACGAACGAGAACACAGUAACUGUAGGUGGAUUGUAUGCGGUUGAUCACUUGACUAAUGUGAAAGCUAAGCUGAACAGUAACGGUAAGCUUGGAGCUCUUAUGCAACAUGAGGUCCUUCCGAAAUCGUUAGUGACUAUCUCAGGUGAGAUCGACACCAAGACAUUAGACAAGUACCCAAGGUUUGGUCUCUCGCUUGACCUGAAACCUUGAAGAGCUACACAUGGACACUACCCUUUUUUUCUCUCGAAUGCCAUUGUUGACACUUGAGUUUGAUGUCGUGUUUUGAAUAAUGAAUCCCUCAGGUAAUGGUACUACUGUCAAUAUAAUUGUUUUUCGGAGUUGUUUUCGUUU